AUGCCAGGCCGGAUCACCUUUCUCUUGCUGGCUCUCACGCUGUUACUCACAGCAUGCAGAGCUGCCAUUGUUGAAAAACAUUUCAAUCUCACAUGGGUCAACGCCAAUCCUGACGGACUGCAAGAGAGAAAAGUCAUCGGUGUCAACAACGCGUGGCCACUCCCUGUCUUGGACGUCAACAAGGGCGAUCGUCUUAUUGUCCAUGUGUACAAUGAUCUGGAAACAACUACCUCUUCUAUCCAUUGGCAUGGCCUCUUCCAAAAUUCUACAAAUGAAAUGGACGGACCAAGUAUGUUUACACAAUGCCCAAUAGUCCCUGGCGAAUCCUUCACCUACGACUUUACCGUCGAUCAGAGUGGCACCUAUUGGUACCAUUGCCACACAGAUAACUGCUACCCUGACGGUGAGAGGCAAGCUCUCGUCGUUCACGAUAGCGACGCUUGGUUUGCAGACCAGUACAAGGAAGAAUUUGCGGUCACGGUCAGCGACUGGUACCACAACAUGGUUGAGGAUAUCACUUUCCUGGACCUUUCCAAAGGACAGCGAAGGCUCCCAAGCACAUCGAGUACUAUGCUAACAUGGAUUGCUGCUCUAAGCCCGACUGGUGCGGAACCUAUACCCGAUUCUUUCCUUUUCAACGAUACCAUCAACACCAAGAUAUCGGUAGAGCCAAACACUACCUACCUUUUGAGGAUCAUCAACACUGGUGCAUUCGUUGCUCAGUACUUUUACAUCGAAGAUCACAAUUUCACAAUCGUUGAGGUAGACGGUGUUUUCACAGAGCCUGAAGAGGCUUCAGUUUUAUAUGUUGCAGUGGCUCAACGGUAUUCGGUCUUGUUCACAACGAAGGAAUCUACUGCUCGUAACUACGGCCUUGUCACGAUCGCUGAUCAAGUGCUACUCGACGGUAUUCCGGAUACCCUAGUCCUAAACCAGACCAACUGGCUGCAGUACAACCCAUCAGCCUCUUUCGACGCAGUCAACGUGACACUCAACAUAGUGGACGAAAAUCCUGGCUUUGACGACUAUUCUUUAGUCCCAUACGACAAAGAGCCUCUAUUCGAGAACCCAACAAAAGUCAUCAAUCUGACGAUUUCAAUGGGUAUUCUCGACAAUGGCAAGCCGUACGCUUUCUUCAAUGACCAGACCUACACUCGCCCCAAAGUCCCUAGCCUCUACACCGCUCUUACAGCCGGUGAAGAAGCAACCAAUGAGGCUGUCUACGGCGAGUACACCAACUCUUUCGUGCUUAACCACCUUGAGGUUGUCGAAGUCGUUCUGACUAACAACGAUGGAGGCAGUCAUCCAUUCCAUUAUCACGGUCACAACUUCCAGGUCGUCAGUCGUUUCCCAUCUUACGGCGAGGACUUCUACUCGCUAUCUGACGAUGUGAGCCCUAGCGCUUUUGAUCCCAACAACCAUACCGCUUUCCCCACGUACCCCAUACGCCGCGAUGUUGUGGUUGUUCCGCCCAUGGGAAAUGUUGUCCUCCGUUUCAUUGCAGACAAUCCUGGUGUUUGGGCCUUCCACUGUCAUAUCGACUGGCAUAUGCGGCAAGGCUUGGCUGCUACAUUCAUCGAGGCACCACUCGAGAUGCAAAAAAGAAUCAGUGUUCCUGACGAUCACUUUGCCGCUUGCAAGGCUGCUGGAAUCUCGUACGAAGGUAAUGCCGCCGCCAACACCAAGGACUACCUAGACCUGAAGGGCCAAAACAAACCAGCACGUCCAGUCCCAGCAGGAUUUGAAGCUCGAGGUAUCGUAGCAUUGGUCUUCAGUUGUAUUGCAGCACUUGUAGGAUUGGCGGCAAUUGCCUGGUGA